CUCCUAAUAUUUAUAAUACCCUUCUGCUAACAAGUAAAACUCAGUUCAUUAACACAAGAAAUAAGAAAAAAGAACAAAAGAUGGCCGAGCAGCAGCAGAAGAUUCAGAUUCCCAGAGUGAAACUGGGAACUCAGGGACUUGAGGUCUCAAAGUUGGGGUAUGGCUGUAUGGGGCUCAGUGGAGCUUACAAUGAUCCUGUUGCUGAUGAUCUCGGCAUAUCGAUUAUCAAGCAUGCGUUCGAUCGAGGAGUCACUUUCUUUGAUACAUCUGAUUUCUAUGGACCCAAAACUAAUGAAAUAUUGCUUGGAAAGGCAUUGAAGCAGCUACCAAGAGAGAAGGUACAGUUAGCUACGAAAUUCGGUAUCGCAAAAUUCGAUGCAACCGGUGUCGUAAUAAACGGUACUCCCGAAUAUGUUCGUUCCUGUAUCGAGGCUAGCCUGGAGCGCCUGGAUGUGGACUAUAUUGAUCUCUACUACCAGCAUAGAGUUGACACCAAUACUCCUAUAGAGGAUACAAUGUCUGAACUCAAGAAGUUGGUGGAAGAGGGGAAAAUAAAGUACAUAGGAUUAUCUGAAGCUAGCCCUGAGACGAUAAAGAGAGCACAUGCGGUUCAUCCGAUAACCGCUGUGCAGAUAGAGUGGUCGCUGUGGACUCGUGAUAUCGAGGAACAAAUAGUCCCCCUUUGCAGGGAACUUGGAAUUGGAAUCGUUACAUAUAGUCCUAUAGGUCGCGGUUUCUUUGGCGGCAGAGGAGUGGUGGAAACAUUGCCUGCAAAUAGUUUUCUGUCUAUGCUCCCAAGGUUUCAAGGAGAAAACUUAGACAAAAACAAGAUCUUAUAUGCAAAAAUCGAGAAGUUGGCUGAGAAGCAUGGAUGUACCCCUGCACAAUUAGCACUUGCUUGGGUUCUUCAUCAAGGGGACGACGUAGUACCGAUUCCUGGAACAACCAAGAUCAAGAACCUUGAUAGUAACAUCGAUUCACUGAAAGUAAAGCUCACCGAAGAAGAUUUGAAAGAAAUCUCCAACGCUGUUCCGAUAAAUGAGGUGUCUGGCGAUCUUUUGCCACAGAGUUUAAGUCAAAUGCACUGGAAGUUUGCUAAUACACCACCAAAAGGAAGCAAGGUUUCAACUUGAAAUAGCCAUGAAUGCAAAGUCUGAAGCAGAAUAUGAGGUUUUGGGUGAUUGGAUUCUCCAACAACUGAAACCAUAGCUAGAAGUUCGCAUCGACGAGUAGUAGUAAGCUUUGGAUACCUUAAUAAAGGGAUCCGUGAGAGCUGAAACCUGCAUUACCAAAAUAAAAACGAAUAAGUAGGGUUGUAUGAUUUUUGUGAGUGAUAAUCAAACAGG